AUGAUUGAAUACUUGUUUUUGUUGGUAUUGUUAUCAUCAAUGCAAUGCUAUUACGGACAGGAAAGUCCAAAAGUAGCUCCCUUUUCUUCACUUGUUAAACCUGUGAUUGGUGGCAGAACCUCAUUUACUUGUCAAAGUAUGGCCGGUGUACCACCUUUACAAAUCGCUUGGUUUAAAGAUGGUCACAAAAUAAACGAAUCUGCCUCAACUCGGAUCAGAACAAACGAAGAAUCAUCAAUAUUGAUUAUGGAAUCAAUAUCAUCGAGUCACUCGGGAAAUUAUACUUGCAAAAUAUCCAAUAGAUAUGGACAUGAUUCUUACUCUUCGGAAUUGUUGAUAGAAGGUCCACCUUUAUGGGUCGAAAAACCAACUAAUAUCAAAUCGGAAAUCGGUAGAAUGCUUACAAUUCGAUGCCUCGUCUCUGGCUAUCCUAAGCCAAGAGUUCAAUUGAAAAAAUUGAAGGGGCUAUCAUGGAUACAAUUGACCGACAAGGACCAGAUAAUAAUGGUAAAUCGAGAUUUUUCUAGCGGUGAAUUUCAAAUUCGUAGUGCUACUCGUGAUCAUCAAGGCAGAUAUGGAUGUGCUGCUUCUAAUGGUAUUCAACCUGAUCUAUGGACAGAGUUUGAUGUUAUUAUUGAUGGUCCAAAAGUCGCUCCACUAUCAUCAAUAGUUAAACCAGUAAUUGGAGGGAAGACUUCAUUUACUUGUCAAAGUUUAUCUGGAUCACCACCUCUACAAAUUGCUUGGUUUAAAGAUGGCGACGAACUUCGAAAUCCACCUGAUAUUAGGAUUCGCUCUAUUGAGGAUUCAUCAAUGUUGAUUAUAGACUCAAUUAAAUCAAGUCAUUCUGGAAACUACACGUGCAAAAUUUCCAAUAGAUAUGGAUCUGACUCACAUUUUAUCGAGCUUUUGGUUGAGGGUCCCCCCAGUUGGAUCGAGAAACCAAAUGAUAUCAAGCUUAAAGUCGGACAAACAAUCAAUGUUAGGUGUCUUGUUUCUGGUUAUCCUCAGCCAAAGAUUCUUUGGAAAAAACUCACAGGAUCAUCUUGGUUUCCAAUUGAUUUUGAUAUAAGCACGGGAAAUGGUCACGAUAGCUCGAAUGUUAAUUUAAUCAUUCGCAAUGCAACCCAAAAUCACGGAGGGAGGUAUGGAUGUUCAGCCACGAAUGGGAUUGAACCUAAUCUUUGGUCAGAAUUUGAUAUUUCAAUAGAGGGUAAAUGUCUAUAG